AGCUACCCUAUCGCACCUACUCAUUAACCUAACACGCUGCGACUGUUAUCUACUGUUUGGUAUCUUAAACCGGCAGCAUUUACUUAUCACACAGUAUCGAAAGAUACGGUCACCCGCCAGUACUGCCGGUAGUUGCAAAAACUUCCCCAACCAGAGUGCAGUCAGGCUUUGCAGCGGAAGAAACAGAUCAACAACCAUGCAUUUGUCGGUAUUGCUCUGUACCAUAGUUUUACAGAUAGUUCCGGAUGCUUUGGGACAAUCGAAUUUAACAUUACCCCAACCGUUUAAUGUAUCGCUGGAAGUAAAUCACACCCUGCCUAGCAAUAGUUUACCGCCACUAGCAACGGUCGUGCCAGAAUGGAAACCAAUUCCACACUACCUGCAUGCCCAUUACGACCCGUCAGGAAAGGUGCUGUGGUUUCCACGCAUCAUUGGCGGAGCACUGGCAACGCCCGGUGAGUUCCCGGCAAUGGUGUCACUGCAGCAGGUGCAAAACUCGGAACAUGUUUGUGGCGGCACCCUUAUCACGAUGAGCCACGUGCUGACGGCAGCCCAUUGCGUUACGGAUAUACGAGGUGUUACUCAACCUGCCAAACAGUUUCAAGUGAUGGGUGAUGACCUGUACAUCCUGCAGCAUAUGGGCAGUACGACCCGUCAGGUACGGCGUGUCGCUUCGAUCACCGUCCAUCCGAAGUAUGAUUCGGCCAUCUUCUCCAACGACAUUGCGAUCGUACGGGUAGUGUCGGAGUUCCGCAAGACGGAUACAUUUUUCCCGGGCAAACGCAUCCAGAACGCGCCAACACUCGGUGACCGGUGUAGUCUAGCCGGAUGGGGUGAUACUGUUGAGCGGUCCAACACGAUGAGUCCGAAUCUGCAGCGCAUCAACGUGGUUGUCAGUGACUUUGGGACGUGUAAUGUCGUGUUCGGUCAGCAACUUACCAAGGGUAUGCUGUGUGCGGAGGCACCCGGUCGGGACGCUUGCCAGGGUGAUUCGGGUGGGGCGCUGCUGUGUGCUGGAGGACGUGUAGCGGGCAUUGUAAGCUUCGGCAAUGGGUGUGCCAAACCGAACGUACCGGGCGUAUACGUGGACGUUGCGUACUACGAGAAAUGGAUCAAUGGAGUGUUGAAAAAUGGAGGCGAACGUUCGGUCGGGUAUCUGGCGAGUAUGAUCAUGUUUUACUGGGCUGUAAAGCACCUGUUGCGAUAGUAGAGAUAAGUUUUUGGUUGUGAAAUCUAGAGGUCAGAUGUAUUGACGACUACUGAGGUAUGAAAGUAACUCGAACAAAUAUAGUUUCAAUGUGAUAAACCUCACUCAAAAACACGAAGAUACACGUGAGACUUCGUUGAAAAGAACCACUUAUCGCUUUAAUCCUUCGCCGUAGAUAAUCUCGAUGGAUAAACGACUUCCAGACAACACAACUCUCAACCGCCCCGGGGACCAGUUCAACAAUAACUCUUACAUCACACUACCGUUUACCGAUACUGAUCAGUUUUUUUUCUUCUUUCGAGGCACAUCACGCGGGUCUAUGAACUCCGUAUGAGCGUUCGUUUUUUUCUCAUUCAUAACCCCCCAUUUUCUUCGUGGCCAGGGCCACACCAAACCAAAGUUCAGUGAACGUCAAACUGUCGCACGACUUGACGCAAUCGGCUUUUGGCGCUCCUCGAUCUGGAG